AAGCCACCAUCACCCACCUUCAUAAAACCCUGAUUUCGAAUCUUUCUCAAAAGUUGAUCGAUUCCCAGAUAUUCAUCUACUUUUCUGCUGCCAGCCUCGUCCUCUUUUUCUUCCAUAACCCAAAUCAUUUUGCUAAUCUGAGUGAUUUCUUUCUGUUUUUCUUGAACACCCCAACUCGUUUUGCAUAUGCAUUAGGGUUCUUUGUGUUCUUCUCUGUUAAUAAUUGGUGAUUGGAGAAGAAAUAGAACAUAAUCCACAUUUGUGUCGGUUUUGCCCAUUUGGGAUCCGGGUUCAAGCCAUAACAAUGGUGAUGAAAUCGGUUGGUUUCACUGAUUAGGUUACCGUUUCCUCUUUUUGAGUUAGGAUUCAUCUCUGUUUUUGCUCUUCAUUUCACACUGAAAAUGGGGGUUUCGAAUUCAAAAGCAGAGACCUGUGAAGCUUUGCGAUUAUGCAAAGAAAGGAAAAAAUUCAUCAAACAAGCCAUUGAUUCAAGGUACAAUUUAGCAGCAGCACAUGUUGUUUAUGUUCAAUCCCUUCGAAACAUAGGAAUCGCCCUACGUAAAUUCGCAGAGGCUGAAUUUCCCUUAGAAUCGUCUUCAAAAACCCCAUUACCAUCUCCACCGCAAAUCGGCUGCAAUGGCGCCACCGGUGGUGACGGCGGUGGCCAAUCGGGUUGCCCAUCGCCAAAUGUGAGGUUAAGUUACAUGAAAUCCGGUGGGGAUGCUGUCGUCACUGUUAACCUUAAUCCAUCCAAGAUUAGUAAUAAUAAUAAAGUUUACGUAGAUGAUGUUGAAUCUUUGUCAUUCACAAUGUCACCACCGCCACCACCGCCACCGCCGUCUUGGGACUACUUCCAUCCCAGAGAUGGAAGCUUUAGGUUUAUGGGCCAUGAUGGAUUUCAAGUUAACUUCAAUGAUACAAAUGAGAACGAACAGUUCACUGAAACAGACGCCGAUUUGGGAGGAUUCGUAACACCUCCUGAAUCGGUGAAAAAGGAUCGAAUUCGAAACGAUCAAGACGGGCAUCGGGAUGGUGAUUUGGUUGCCACCGGUUCGGCAACGAUCGGUAGUGAAUUGAAUGGAACCAAUUUGAUUAGCAAAAACGCUGGAAUGGAAGAAUCUGAGUUGAAGAACGGUUGUUUAACGGAGGAAGAAACAGAGGAUCCUUCGGAGUUUAUCGCUCAUAGAGCUAAAGAUUUUCUUUCGAGCAUUAAAGAGAUCGAGAAUUACUUUUUUAGAGCAUCGAAAUCGGGCAAUGAAGUGUCGAAAAUGCUCGAGGCAAAUAAAAUCCAAAUAAGCUAUGCCGAAGCGAGAGGUAGCUCGAUGGCAUCAUCUUUGUCGCUACUAACUUGUUUUAGACGAGAAACCGCGCUCUUUUUGCAAGAACCUCCGCAUAGUCCGAAAGUCAUUACAUGGAAACGGUCAACAUCUUCACAUUCAUCUUCAUCGAACCCUCCGGGCACACCAGCAAACGAUGAUAACGAGAAUAAUUUCGUGGAAGAAUUUUGCAUGAUUGCCGGAAGGCAUUCUUCAACUCUCGAUAGAUUGUAUGCUUGGGAAAGGAAGCUCUAUGACGAAGUGAAGGCGAGCGAGUCUAUUAGGAAGGAGUAUGACCAAACGUGUGACCAACUUAGACACCAAUUCGCAAAGGAUCUUAAACCUCACGUGAUGGAUAAAACUCGAGCCGUGGCAAAAGAUUUGCAUUCACGUAUGAGGGUUGCUUUGCAUACGGUCGAUACCAUAUCGAAACGGAUCGAGAAAAUGAGGGACGAUGAGUUACAACCGCAACUCGUAGAACUCAUUCAAGGAUUAAUCAGGAUGUGGAAGUCGAUGCUCGAGUGCCACCAUGCUCAAUAUAUAAUCAGCUCAUUAGCGUACUGUUCCAAGAUUUCAAAAACCGGAACUCAUCAUGACGAAUCCAAAAACCAGAUUACUGUCGAUCUGCAGCACGAGAUCGAAUGUUUCGGAUCAAGUUUUGCGGAUUUGGUAAAUUCGCAUUCUUCAUACAUUGAAUCAAUCAACGGUUGGCUGCAUAACUGCAUCAUUCAACCAAAGGAACGUGUGAAAAACCGGCGAGCGUUUUCUCCCCGACGAGCAGUGGCCCCGCCCAUUUUCGUGAUCUGUCGUGAUUGGUCAACCGGGUUCCGGAAUCUUCCGUCUCAAAAACUCAGUGAUGCCAUUAAGGACUUGUUAGCUCACAUUCGCCGGCUUUCGUUGGAAGAAUUGGAGCACAAACGGAUUUCGUCUAUUGAGAACAGAGAGGAGACGAAGAAUGGUGAUGUUAGAACUUCGAGUUUGAGCACGAUUCAUUCGGGUUUGACCAAGGUUCUUGAUCGUUUGACCAAUUUCUCGGAAGCUUCAUUGAAGAUGUAUGAAGAUAUGAAGCAAAACACCGAGACUUUCGGAAAUGUGUAUUCGAGUUAUCGAGCACCGCCGAGAGCUUAUAGCAUAUGAAUAUGUGUCGGUUUUUAUUGUUGUUUUACUUACGAUAUGAACUAACGUUUCGAGAUAAAUGAGCUCGAGCUCAGAUAGCUCGUUAAUUUGCUCGAAUCGUUAAUGUUGUUCGUUCUGCU